AGGAAAGAAGAGCCAAAGACUGAUUAUGCUCCUGAAGGGAGCAGUACUAGACAGCUUUCCUGAAAUGGUUAAGUGUACAGGACAAGGGCUGUACUGACAGGGAAACCCUGAAGGUUGGUGGGACUCCUUUUGCAGAGCUUCGGUAAUCUGGAAUCCUAAUCUGAGCUCUGUAAAAGAAGAAGAAGGAAAAGAGAACUGCAGGUGGAAACGGUUUGUGAACGUUAGCUCUUCAACAACCUGUUAGACCUAUGUUUCCUCUCGGUACCCAUAAUUAAAAGAACCCGGCACUAAACACCAUUAGUCCCUUAUUUAAUCCAUUCGGGGCUGCAGCGAGAAGAGCUGGAAAAGAGAAAUCCUGCUCGUGCAGUUAUGAUCAUGAGCCAGAUUCAUCACCUUCACGCAGAGGCACGAGCCGGCGGUGCAAGGCAGCAGCAGGUUGACGGGACUACCGGCGGAGCUCAAGAUGCUGCACAGCAGCAGCAGUCAAAUUGGGCACAGGAAAAGGCUUUCUACGAGAACCUGACCCCCAAGAAGCACAAAACGCCAAAGCCUCAGAAUGCUGUUACUAUAGCAGUGUCUUCUCUUGCCUUGUUCUGUAUGGAUGCAGAACAGAAAAUUUAUGAAGAGCACGGUGUGGAGGAGUACGUAAAGUACCAACAGGAGCAUGAGGACGAACCCCUCCUACCUGGAGCAGCAUUUCCCUUUGUCAAGGCCCUGGAAUGUGUUAAUUGCCGGUUGCUAGAGCUGUAUCCCGACAGUGAGGAAUUGUUUGACGUUGUACUGAUGACGAACAACCAUGCUCAGGUUGGAGUCCGUCUCAUUAACACCAUCAACCACUACAAUCUUUCAAUUGAGAGAUUCUGCAUGACUGGAGGCAAGAGUCCUAUUGAUUACCUGAAAGCCUAUCAUACUAACCUCUACCUUUCAUCUGACUCACAAAAGGUACAAGAGGCAAUUGAAGAAGGAAUUGCUGCUGCUACUACAUUCAAGCCCACUAAGGAUAUGGAACUGUCAGAAAAGCAGCUGCGUGUGGCAUUUGAUGGUGAUGCUGUUCUGUUUUCUGAUGAAUCUGAGCAAAUUGUGAAAGCACAUGGCCUGGACAAGUUCUUUGAACAUGAAAAGGCUUAUGAAGAUAAUCCACUGGCUCAGGGUCCACUCAAGGGGUUUCUGGAGUCCCUCGGAAAGCUUCAGAAGAAAUUUUACGCAAAAGGAAUGCGAUUGGACUGCCCAAUCCGUACAUACCUUGUCACAGCUCGCAGUGCUGCCAGUUCUGGUGCCAGAGCAUUGAAGACCUUGAGAAGCUGGGGAUUGGAGAUUGAUGAAGCGUUAUUUUUAGCAGGUGCUCCAAAAGGGCCACUACUAAAAAAAAUACGCCCGCACAUCUUUUUUGAUGAUCAGAUGUUCCACAUAGAAGGAGCUCAGGAAGUUGGAACUGUAGCUGCUCAUGUGCCAUAUGGAGUGAGCCAGAAAUAUAAUAAGACAUCUAAGAAGAGCACAGAAGCAACUAAGAAAUAAAAGCUCCACUUCAGCAGGCUCAUCUGUUUAAGGCCAUUGAUGUUACUCUACAAACAGUACAAAUGGUAUUUCAUACUAUAGUCACACUGUACAAAAACAACUAGACAUAUCACUGUUGUUUUAAUGAAUGAACAGGGUAUAGAGACGCUGCAUAUCAUCUCAUGUGAAAGCCUGAAAUGUUCAGUCUAAACCAGCACCACAUGACAAAAUAGAUAGCUCCAAGGAGCAGGUGUAAAAGUGAACUCCAUGGCCUUUAACCCAAAAGUACUAUUAGCUAAUAUGAAAGAUAUAAACCUUAAAACACGAAAGCAGGAUUCUCUUCAUAUAAAGCAUAUUCUUUUCACUUUCAUAAUUAGUGUGCAAUGUGUAUAAAAUCUGUCAACAAAGCAGACUGAAAACCAUGAACGCUUUUCCUGAUGAUAACAUUGCAGUCAUUCAGAAUGCAAACAUUUUAGAAAAUGUAUUAAACAGAUUCAGAUCUGGCAAUCAGAAGUGUCCAAAAGACUUGUUAAGUUAUGGAAAGCAAUAGUUGAACACAAAUAUUUGUAGUGCUUAUAUUUUUUGUAUUUGUUUUUUAUUUGCUGUUCAGUUAUUCAUGUAUCAUUUCCCACUUAAACAUCUUUUCUGUCCCUAGAAGCUCUCUUACUUGAUAAUAUCAUAUGAAAAAUUGUUGUGCUUAGAAAUGAAUGACUAUAACACCACAGGGCUUGUACAAUGACAUAGGGUUAGAAAGAAAUGGUACAUUUAUUUGCAUUUUCAUGAAUAUGGAAUGAAACAGUAGUUUCUACAAUGAUGCUUUAAAGCUCAUUUUAUGUGAAAGAAACAACUGUGUAUUAUACUGCCUGAACUUGACCAAAAACACAUUUCUAAAUACUGAUGUCUCUAAGACUUCAAGUCAUGGUGUUAUGCACUGUUCAUUCACCAAUUUCAAAUAGCUUGGCUCACAACUGCAUUUCACAGGGGGAAGCUUUUCCAAAAUAGAACAUAUCCUGAAACAGUGACAGUGUGAAAUGCAUAGUCUAGUAGUGUUUGUAUUUUAAAGAUAGUAACUGUGUUGAUGUGGAUUUUAUUUUUAAGUUAAGUUUUCUGAUUUAGCUGUUCCGUAGAUUUUUCAGUUAUAAUGUUGUGUGUGGGCAGGUGAUUUUACAGCAAUUGAAUACUUUUAUUUGUCUGCUUUAUUUUAUAUUUGUAUACUUUGCACUUUUCAGGCUGACAUAUGCCUCUUUUUAUUGACUGGCAGAAACAUUCAAGCAUUAUUCAGACAGUAUGCUCUGUGUUUCCUUUUUCUUAAGAUAGCCAUGCAGUGAAUGGUUAUGUACAGUGAGUGAUACUGUUCACAAUAGCUUUGAAUAACACUGUUCAAAAAGGCUUAGUUCUUUGUAGCACUUUAGAAAAGCUGAGGUAGAAAUGACAUGUUUGUUGUCAUACUUUCUGCCGCUGAGAUGUAUGUUACAAUUUGGUGCUGUUAGAAAAUACUAGCUUCUUAGCAAUGCUUGCAAACCAUCAGCAUUUGUUUAUGCAUAAGGACUGCAGUGCUUAUGUUCUGAAUGAUAUUUGAUCUAAUAAUGUCCUAAGAAAGUCAAUUUUAACAAAAUUAAAGAGCCAUCAGUAUAAGCAAAUUGUGCACUUCCCAUAAAAGACAGCAAUGUAAUUAGAUUAAGCAGGCUGUUUUGAUGUUGGAGCUAUAUAGUACAAUGGAGCAGUUGCAACUCAGUAUGAAGAAUAUGAGUAUGAAGAUCCCAAAGGAUGAACUGAAAACUGUUGCUGUGGAUAGAGGGGUCUUGGGUGACCUGUUCAGCUUGUUAAUGCAAAAAUUGUGGAUGGAUGCAUGCAUGCAUUUCGUAUCAUAAUUCAUGUGUCUUUCCCAGAAAAGAGUAGAUUAUUCUCUACAGAUGAAGAGGGAUGAACUACCUCAAAUGGAAUAGUCUUGGGGUCUUAUUGCUGCAUGAUGGUACAGCGGACUAGGGUCUGUCAGUACGUGAUUCCCUAGUGACUGUACUGUAACCAUCAUAAAUGAGUAUAAUAAUGAAAAGAAAAUGGAGUCAUAAAAUAAAUCUCUUAGUUUGCUGAUCAUCCAGUGUCAUCCAUCUUCACAUUUGGUCAUAGGCUCUGCAAAGUGACCACGAGUAACAUAUCACAUUUACAGGCUGAAGUAAUUAUGCUCCUAGUCUGUGUAACUGAGAACAGGCUCCGUUCAAAAGCUUGGUAAUCUAGGGCCAUUUUGAAAUUCAUUGCUGUUCUAGAUUGAUAGGUGUCAUUUGAUGCAGUUUAGCCAAUUUGUAAACAUGUCCCUGGUCACCUACAAUGAGAGGUAUACCAUGCAUAACUUAUUAGGAUGAGGCUGUGGUGUAGAUGUAAGGCAUGCUGAAAAGCUUAUAUCUCCUAACUUGCUUUGGAAUCCCUGGGGAUCCCAAACAUUGAAUUGAAAACUGUUGCUGUGGAUAGGGAUGUCUCGGUGACCUGUUCAUCUUGCUACCACUGUUACUCUCACACAGAAAAUAAUGUAGAAAAUUGUAGCUGGAUAGGUGGGUGGAUAGAUGCAUUUCAUAUGAUGUAAAUGGUGGUGUAAACAUUGGCUCAAUACAAUUUGGUUGCAUUGAGUAAUGUUGAUAUAACAUCCUGACCCCAUGUUAAAUAGAAUAAAGGGGACUGAUGAUGAUGGCAAUGUUGCCAAGUCAACAUGUUACGAGUACAUUUUGUAAAAGCUCCAUAUGUGUGUAUAGGUACAACAGAUAUUUGCUCUGCUGCAUUUUGAGUCUUUAUUAUUGACAUGUCAGGAGUCAAUAUUUUGAGUCUCAGCAAUUCAGUAGAUAGCCUUCAAUAACACAAAUAUUACCCAUUGUGAAAGCAUGUUGUGUUAGUCAUGUUCUGUGUUGUACAGUGUGGUCUACGAUUUUACAACCCCAGCAUUUCCAGACUAGGAAUAUGGAUUAUAUGGCCUGAAAACUCAUUGUCGGUUCAGCCACGUUGUAUUUCACAAGAGCAGCACAAAAUGAUGUAGAGCUCUUACAGUAGUUUUCACAACAUAACCCUAACUUUUAAGAAUUGUCUUUCUAUACUCUUUCAGGAUUACAAACAUAAAUUAGUGUAACAGCCUUACACUAACAGCUGUAGCCUCUUCAAAAUUAUUGAUGCCUACUUUUCACAUUUAACCACUUAGAACAAGCAUGAUACACAUAGGUUAUGUACUAGGACUUACUUUAAUUCAGUCCAGUAAUGCUAUGCCUGUGACCCUCAGCUAAUCACUGUUUUAGCAACUGACAUUGGAAAACUUGAGUAAGAUAGGAAUUUUUAUUUAUUUGUUUUAUUCAUUUGUUAAGCAGGUAAAUUCAUUAGGUAGCCUGUUUAAACCAAUGAGCUAUAGGUAAUAUCUUGUUAACUGACUUUCGUGGAGGUACACACACAUACACACCAACACACACACACACACAC